GCAGACUGGGGAAAGCUGUCCCAGAACAGAACAACAACUUGGAUAGCAAACACAAUACACAUACAACAAUGGGUUCCCAAUCUUGUCCCAGCAAGCUCCCACUCUUAGAUUUCUCUAAGCCAGAAUCCACAAAAUCAGGCAGUUCAGAGUGGGAAUCUCUGAAAUCACAAGUCCGCGAGGCGCUGGAAGAGUACGGCUGCUUCGAGGCCUGCUUCGACAAGAUUCCUUCGGACCUUCUCAAAGCCGUUUUCCGAUCGAUGGACGAGGUUUUCGAGCUGCCAUUGGAGUCCAAGCUGCAGAAUGUGUCCGAGAAACCCUACCACGGUUACGUAGGGCAGCAUGCUCAAGUCCCGCUGUACGAGAGCUUGGGGAUCGAUGAAGUCAUGGUGGCUGAAAGGGUUGAAGCUUUUGCCAACACCAUGUGGCCUCAAGGGAACCCAACCUUCAGGAAAACAAUCGAGUCCUACGCGGAGAAACUUUCAGAACUGGAGAAAACCGUAAGGAAAAUGAUUGCGGAAAGUUUUGGGCUUGAGAAAUACAUCGAUGAACAACUCAACUCCACAAAUUACCUACUGCGGUUCUCGAAAUACAACGGGCCGAACACCCCUGAUACCGAAAUCGGUCUUUCCCCUCACACAGACAAGAAUUUGGUAACCAUAUUGCAUCAGAAUCAAGUUGAGGGACUGGAACUGCAAACCAAAGAUGGCAGUUGGAUCAAAUUCCAGCCCUCUACUCCAAACUCUUUCAUCGUUAUGAUUUCUGAAUCUUUUACUGCGUGGUUGAAUGAUCGACUUAGUGCAACGUGUCAUCGAGUUAUGAUGUCUGGAAAUGAGGCCAGAUAUUCUUUGGGUUUAUUCUCAUACCCAAAAGAUGGCUCUAUUAUAGAAGUCCCAGAAGAAAUGGUUGACGAAGAACACCCCUUGCUGUUCAGGCCCUUUCAUUAUGAGGAAUUUCUUUCGUUUUACUACACUAAAGCUGGCCAAGCAGCACCUUCCGCUUUGCGUGCAUUUUGUGGAAUGUAAAGAGUUCUGAUAUGAACUUAAUCCGAGCUAAUCGGGGAGAGUAAAAUCUGAAUCUAAAGGAUUUUUAGUGGAUAUGAAUAAAAUUUGAAUCUGAAU